GCUGCUGCUGCUUUUCCUCUCACACAGAGCUGCUGCCUGGACGGCGACACCCACAGACCUGUGAGCAGCAGAUCAGGGAUUCAACACAGCUAUGUCCGAGGAGGUUGAAGGAACGAGGACGGCGGAUGAACAGCAGGAAAUGGAGGACAAAGUAAUCAGUCCAGAGAAAGCUGAGGAGGCCAAGCUGAAGUCCAGGUAUCCUAACCUGGGGGCCAAACCUGGGGGCUCAGACCUGCUCAGGAAGAGGCUUCAGAAGGGGCAAAAGUAUUUUGAUUCUGGUGACUACAACAUGGCAAAGGCAAAAAUGAAGAAUAAACAGUUGCCAUCAGCCCCGGCAGAGAAGACCGAGAUCACAGGGGGCCACAUCCCAACACCUCAGGACCUCCCUCAAAGAAAGACUUCAAUUGUGGCCAGCAAACUGGCUGGUUGAUGGUUUUAUGUUUACUGUUUUGUUACCAUUCCAGCUCCUAAUUCAUAUCUACCUGCCUUUUACAUUUCUGUUUUUUUUUUCCCCCCUCCUUCGUAUAUAUUCUCUAAAAACAAGUUAUGUACCAAGCCAAAAAACUGUCACUUGCAAGCACUGAAUUAUCAGUAAGUUAAAUCCAACAAAUAAGUAGAUGAAAAUGUUUCUGAAGAUCUUUAAAACAAAUUUAAAAAAAGACUGAAUAGUGAUUGAUUGCUGUAAUUAAUAUCAGACAUGGAAAUAUGAAUGGAUGUUAGUGCUAUCAUGUUUUGGCAUAUUAGCAUAUUAAUCAAGGUUUUCACUUUUAAGGAUAUAUGCCUCCAUACUAAUGGCCUAUCUAACAUUUUGAGAACAGCCUUUGCAGAGGAUCUGUUUUCAGUCCUCAGUUACUAAUUGUUUCAAGGAGGCAAAUACUUUAUGACUACAGACAGAAAAUAUAAGCAAAGUUUGCAUUGAUGUUGUAUGUGUGGUGUAGAAGUGUGAUUUACAGAUAUGCCUUUUGAGUUUGAAACAGUUUUGAAUGUUAACUUUAAGGACACUUGCUCACAUGGAGGCAUGUCUGUUUAAAUAGUGAAAAGUGAAGUAAUCCUUGUUAUUUUGUUUUUUUUGUUUUGUAAUCCUUUAUUUUUUUAUCCCCUCUCUCUGUAAAGCUGUUUGAUUAUGUGCUUUCAAAGUACUCACGAUUGGAUCACAUACACUUUGUAGCCAGUUGUAUUUUAGUUCAUUUUAGUGACAUUAGUUUGCAAACACUUGCUGCUGGUCUCCAUCUCAUCCUGACCUCUAAAAUGGCCUUAAAAGUAAUGAACCGUUGUUCCUCUUGAGCAAUAUUUGCUCUCUCAGUGAGAAUCUUAGUUGUGAAUCUUGCCUGAAAUGUCUGUCACUGUUUGACUGGAAUCAUUUAAGAUUUUAUGGAAAGAACCUCCCGAGACAUGUUUGGAGUGUGCAUGUGCAUAUACUGUGCAGUCACACUGUGCCAUUUGUUUUGUAAAUAAAAUAGUUUUGCAUAAUA